CAAAACUCCAAUAAUACGAUUGCCCCGAUCUCCGAGGGCUCUCCUUAAAUCCCGACCCGUGUCGAAGCGGCACAACACAAGACACUUGUCGACUCCACCACACUCCCCAAUCUCAAGAUCGCUGCGACACGACACUCCAACGUUGUUGCUCAGUGAAAGAACGCAAUUUUUUUUUUAGAGAAAUAGGCCCAAACAAAAACACUACUAACCCAAGAUCUGAAUCCAAGGAAACCAUUGAAAGUACCACAUGAUCUACUUAGGCAUGAGUGCUACGUAAGACAAAGUUUGCUUAAGUAAGCUUCUAAAAGUAUCGUUGGAAAGUGGGGUCAAAAGAUGAACUUCAGGAACUUUGGUGUUGGAGAUAACCACCCCACUUGGGAUGCCAUGCAUGGGAAGACACCAGCAAAUAAUAAUGUUACUAGCACUACUCUGCUGAGACAGCCCUCAACAAUAUACUCAUUGACAUUUGAUGAGUUUCAGAGCACCAUGGGUGGGAUUGGGAAGGAUUUCGGGUCCAUGAACAUGGAUGAACUCUUGAAGAACAUAUGGACAGCUGAAGAGACUCAAGCCAUGGUGUUUUCAGCCGUUGCCGCCGCAGGAGGAGUAGAAGGCCAUAACAACAACAGCAACAACAACCCUAUUAAUUGUAGUGGUUUGCAAAGACAAGGCUCUUUGACAUUGCCAAGGACUCUUAGUCAGAAAACAGUUGAGGAGGUUUGGAGGGACUUGAUCAAAGAAAGUGGUGGUGAGGCCAACGAUGGUGGAAGUGGUGGCAAUGGUGGCUCAUCAAAUCCUCAAAUGCAAGCAACAUUGGGAGAAAUGACAUUGGAGGAGUUUUUGGUGAGAGCUGGUGUUGUGAGAGAAGAUGUUCCUCAACAACAACAAAAUGGAAAACCAAACGACAAUGGAUGGUUUGGUGACUUUCCUAGACCAAACAAUAACAACACUAGCCUACUUCUUGGGUUUCAACAACCAAAUAGAAGUAAUGGGAAUGGGAAUUUGGGUGAGAACACUAACUUAGUUUCAAAACAACAACCUCCUCCUUUAUCAUUAAACUCAAACCACUCUCAAAGACAAGCACAACACCAACACCAACACCAACAACAUCCACCACCACUUUUUCCAAAGCCAGCAAAUGUAACUUUUGCUGGUGCUCCUACGCAUUUGUUGAACAAUGCUCAUCAACAUGCUAGCCCUGGCAGAAGGGGAGGGUUGAUUGGAGUUGCUGCUGAGCAUUCAAUGAAUGUUGGAAUGGUUGGUUUAGCCACAGCUAAUGUCACAGCUUCUCCCUCAAGUAAAAUAUCACCAGAUGUAAUUACAAGGAGUAAUAAUAAUGUUGAUAACUCUCCAAUAUCACCACAUUAUGUAAUCAACAGGGGAAGGAAAUUCAGUGCCAUAGAGAAAGUGGUUGAGAGGAGACAAAGGAGAAUGAUUAAAAAUAGAGAAUCAGCAGCGAGAUCAAGGGCUCGUAAGCAGGCCUACACUUUCGAACUAGAAGCUGAAGUUGCAAAACUUAAGGAAUUAAACAGAGAAUUACAAAGAAAACAGGAAGAAAUCAUGGAAAUGAAGAAAAAUAAGGAUUUGGACCCUGCAUGCAGACCAAGGAUAAGUAAAAUACAAUGCUUGAGAAGGACACUUACUGGACCAUGGUAGAUUAUGUGAAUGUGAGUCAUUGUUUCAAAGUGACAUCUAUACGAAGGAAGCCGUUGUUAUGUCAUAAGGACUGGAGUAUAUAUGUAUGUGAGCCGUGAGGUAAUUGCAGUCCAAAAUUAGAUAGGGUGGUAGCUAUUGUUAGUUUUAUUAUGUAUAGGAACUAGGAGUGUUGAGUUGUACAUUAAAGUUGUAUCUUUGGAUAAUAAAUUAUUAUAUAUGCUUGAAUGUUAUUUUCUUUUGUGUUGCAGGAUGAUAAGGUAACACAAGCUUAUUGAACUGUC